UGACGACAUGAAAGUUCGCCCAAUCAAGUUUCUGAAACUAAACUGCUGAGGUAGGCACCGACCAAAAGGCAGACAAAAAAUUCUCGUAUCGACGUGGUCUAGUAGUAGCGUUUCGAGACGAGAGAGAGAAUCGUGCAACAACAUCGUUUCUUCAACUGGCUUAACUCCAAUCGAGGGAUAUUAUACAAUGGUUGUAUGCACAGCGUCCAUAAUCCCUGGAGUCCAGUGUACUACUAGCGUAUCUAGUGUUUGCCCCACAAUGUGUCCAACACAUUGGUCAGCAGGAACAUCAUACUGUCCCGUUUUAACAAUGCCGAUGUGGAAACAAUUAUAUGGAAUGGAACAAGUAUGGCUAGCAGAGUUUCACCAACUGUUUAACCAGUAUCUGCCCCACCGCUGGUACCUUACUGCUUUGGAACACAAACCUGCUGGGGUUUGGAACAUUUUUGUCGACUCUGCCAAAGUACGAUUUUGUUGUGAAGAAUGUGGUCACGGAUGGACCUCCAUGAAAGGACGAGUUGGAUUUUGGUUCAUCUUUAACCCUACUGUAGGAGAAGGCAUCGUGACAUUUAAACUCUAUGGCCAGCAGUGUGAUAGGUGCAAGGGUGGUCGCUAUGAGCCAGCCAUGUGGUAUCCGGAGGAAGUGGUCAAAGUUCUGGUCAACAUUUAUAACCGAGUAGGCCAAGUAUUUUAUGGUUUUUAUCAACCUCCAAUUCACAUGAACCGUCGCCCUGGGAAACCGCGGAAUCCACACAACAGUGACCUCUGUCAGGCUUGUAAAGAUGGCGUCUGUACAGAACGCAGAUGAUAUGAAGAGAUCUAAUUUGAAUUUCGUCUCGUGUAAUUAUCCAAUAAAGCAUGUAUUCGCUAAGUCGCAUUUACUGAAAUAUCAAAGGUGGCCGUUCUGUGUUUGGAAUAAAUCAUAGAUAAUCCAAUAAUUUUAUAUGAAAAAAUUUAUUUUGAAAAAAUUAUGUCAAAUUUUAGAUAUAUGUUUUUGAAUGUUCCAUUAUUUUCCGUAUUAUUAGUUAGUUUAACUCUAAACGAUGAUUAUUUUUUUUGUUGUUUUCUGCGUAUUGUAAGCCGUCUUGUUUCAUCUGAUAUAUCCUUUAGACCUAAACUUUUCUAAGUUUCAUUACAAAAAAAAAGAGAAUAUCUACAGUUUACAUAUUCACUAAUAUUGUGUAACUCUGAAUCUGUUAUGCAUUUUUAAAUAAUUAUAUUUUUGACAUCUUACAUUCAUCGAUUUUUUAGAAAUCGACAUAUUUUUAUUACUCAUAGUUUUUAAUUAUAGCUUUUGAAUAUAAAAAUGAAUAUAAUUUUUGUACUUAUAUUGUGCAUAAAUUAUACGAAUGAUAUAUUGUUUGAUAAAAAGAAAUCCAGUAAAUGACAUUUUAGGCUUGGCAGAUUCGUAAGAUGUUGGAAAAGUCAGGACAAUAGCUUAUUUUAAUUUUUAUAUACUUGUACAGAAGUCACUUUUCUUCUUAUUGUUUGAAGUGUUAUAAAUAUUUCAUAUCCAUUUGUUUUAAUAUUUCGAAACAUAUUUCUAGAGCAAUUUGUAUCUUUGUUUGUUGUUGUUUUAGCGCAAAGCUACACUAUAAGCUAUCUGCGCUCUGUCCACCACGAAUAAUCGAACUCCGUAUUUUAGCGUUCUAAGUCUAUAAAAUUACCGCUGCCACGCCGCAAAACAUGUUGCAUUUACACUUGUUGUAAUCGAAAUAUUUCAGGAGUUUAUUUUCAAUAAUACAGUAUCUUCGUUCAUAAAUAGGUUAAAAUUCAAAAAGUCUCAUAUAUGUUCUAGUUUGGGUGAUAACAUAUUGUGAAUUGCUGGUUACUAAAAUUAUUAAUAUUCUCAUAAAAUUUAUAAGCGAAAAGCUUACUAUUGUGCUUCACACUCUGCGAUUUGUAUUAGAUCGAACAAACAAUUAAUUAAUUUUAUUAUUAAGGGGACAUUGUAACUCUUUCAUAACUUUCUCUUAAUACAACUGGCGCCUUAGGUAUUUAAAUAUAAAAAUGUAUUUGAUAUUUAAGAUAAAAUUUUUCUUAACGCCGAAAAAGCUUAAAUUGGUGUAAGUGUACUUUAAAGUAAAAAAAAGGUAAGACUGUUAGUUUUCAAUGAAUAUUGAGUUGAGUAAAAUUUUAAAAUUGUAUUUUUCUAAUUGUAACAUUGGUGUGGGAAUGAAAGGGUUAAAGACAGCUUCGACUACUCAUGACUCUUGAAUCUUUGCGCCCUCUACACUAUGAUAAUCUCUGUAGGGGUACCGUUGAAAUAUUUAAGAAAAGGAGUGCUUUAUUUAUUUUUACAUGGUCAUCAAAUAGCACUUUAUGACGCAUAUGGAUAGAAUAUUCAGAAAACACGUGAAAAAUUAAAAUCUCUGCUAUGUGGUUGUUUUGUUCAUUCAGCAGAAUCAAGUUAUUAAACAACAGCAAGCAAAAUGACAGAUCCUCGAGCAUUGGUACCACUAACAGUUUUCUCAAAAUAUACGAGUUCGGAAUAUUUAUUGUUAGUAAAUAUAAGCAAGGAAAUGAAAAAUAAAUGAAUAUCUAUUUUAUCAAACCCAAAAUUUCUACCCUUAUCUUUUCAGUUUAGUAGAAAAAUCGAAUAUUAAAUAAUCGAUUAGGCUUUCAAUUUAUACCAGAUAAAUUGUAAAUGACCCAGGCUUUAAUGGUUGUGUUUCAUACUUUGAAAUGGGCUUUUCCUUCAGAAAAAAAACAAAAAAAACGGGAAGGUUAUCUUGCAGAUUCUCACUAUUUCAGAACCUUGUUUUGACGAAACGUUUCCGUCCUAUAUUGUUGCCUGGUUUAAUACAUUUGUGUGAUAUAAGAAGUAAUUAUGCAUUUUAAGUUUUUCUAUGUCUUCAAUUAAAUUCCACUCCCAGAAAUAAAUAAAACUCAACUUAAAACUGCAUAUAUUUAUUCUGUUAGUAAUGGUUGCACAGAUAUUAUCUGAAUUACAAAUUACAUGUAUCUUAUAAUAUUUUAUACUGUCGAGAUGAUUCUGUACCUUACAAAUUUAUUCUAUUCAAUCUUACUUGAUUCAUAGUGACUUGAGAACACAUCAGUGAUCGAUUUUGUUUUGUUCAUGUGAACACGACAAACUUGUAAGUCAGAAGACAGAUAACAUUAAAAGUUUUCUAUGGAUAUUGUUUGAUGUUAUUGAAACAUACGUGUCUAUAAUUUCUAUUACUCACAUGCCCAUUUGUUUUAUUUUGUGUAUUAAGUAUGGAAUUAUUAAAACUUCAAAUUUUAAUAUUUUUCUGCAAACAAUUUGUAUAAACUGUAUUCUGUCUUACGAAAAAUACAAAAAUAAGGUUUAUUGGUUAAACAUAUGGAUAGGAUUUUAGAUACCACAACCUGUAUUUCUAGUACAUCACCAAAGAACCAAUCGUUCAAUUGCUUGAACGAUUGAUUCUUUGGUGA